CAACUUCGUUGUUCCUUCCGCAGCUCCGAGCUCCGGAAUCGAGCAAAGCACCCGAGCCUGCGCCGCGUCAAGCCGUCAAAGCUCCCCCGCUUCAUACCAUUCCCUCCCCCGAUCCCUCGCCUCAGCCCUCAGCUCCGCCCCUCGGUUUCCGAAGCGCCACCGCCGACGUGGCCUCCCUCGGCUCCAAUGGCGUUGCCCUACCUGGAGGCCGUGCUUUGCUUUAUGAUUUUCAUGUACAUAUUUGAGACAUAUCUUGACAUCCGUCAGCAUAGAGCCCUCAAGCUGCCAACUUUGCCAAAACCCCUGCUGGGAGUAAUUAGUGACGAAAAGUUUGAACGCUCUAGAGCUUAUAGCCUCGACAAAAGCUAUUUCCAUUUUGUUCAUGAGGCUGUGACUAUUUUAAUGGAUACUACAAUACUAUACUAUAGAGUUCUUCCCUGGUUUUGGAAGAAAUCUGGAGAGUUAGUUACCAGUGUUGGGCUGAGUGCUGAGAAUGAGAUAAUACACACCCUUGCUUUCUUAGCUGGUUCCAUGGUUUGGUCGCAGAUUACAGACUUGCCGUUCUCUCUCUAUUCAACUUUUGUUAUAGAGGCUCGACAUGGUUUUAACAAGCAAACUAUAUGGCUCUUCAUUAGGGAUAUGAUCAAAGGAAUUUUACUAUCCAUGAUAUUGGGGCCACCAAUCGUGGCUGCUAUCAUCUACAUAGUACAGAUUGGAGGACCUUACCUGGCUAUAUAUCUCUGGGGUUUUAUGUUUGUAUUAGCUCUACUGAUGAUGACAAUAUACCCCAUUGUGAUAGCUCCUCUGUUCAACAAGUUCACUCCUCUUCCUGAAGGAGUCCUCAGGGAAAAAAUAGAGAAGCUGGCAGCUUCCCUCAAGUUUCCUUUGAAAAAGCUUUUCGUGGUAGAUGGGUCUACCAGAUCAAGCCACAGUAAUGCCUACAUGUAUGGUUUUUUCAAGAACAAGCGCAUAGUACUCUAUGACACAUUGAUUCAGCAGUGUAGCAAUGAGGAUGAGAUAGUUUCUGUUAUAGCACAUGAACUUGGACACUGGAAACUCAAUCAUACUGUCUAUUCCUUUGUAGCUGUCCAGCUGCUUAUGUUUCUUCAAUUUGGAGGAUAUACUCUAGUAAGGAGCUCCAAAGAUCUAUUUGGAAGUUUUGGCUUCAAGGACCAGCCAGUAAUAAUUGGAUUGAUCAUUUUCCAGCACACCAUAAUACCCAUCCAACACCUUCUGAGCUUUUGCCUGAACCUUGUCAGCAGAGCAUUUGAAUUUCAGGCUGAUGCCUUUGCCAAGAACCUUGGAUAUGCCCCUCAGCUCCGAGCAGCCCUUGUUAAACUACAGGAGGAGAACUUGUCUGCGAUGAACACCGAUCCUUGGUAUUCGGCAUAUCACUACUCCCACCCACCACUCGUCGAGAGGCUGCAAGCUCUUGAAGAUUCAGACAGCAAAAAAGAAGAUUAGUCGAUCCUUGUAUGAGGUUUACAUAUGGAUUUUUCCCUGCCACAUGCACACCGAUUCAGUGCUUGGAUGGUGAGGGUUUUGACAUAGGAGUGUUGUCAAAGCUUUAGAGUGCAUCUUUCGGUCAGGUGUAACAGCCUUUCGGUCAUUGAGACAUAUAAGCGAAUUAGCUAUUAAAAAAAACAGAACUGUUGCAUCUUU